CGCCAUGUUGGUGAAGGAGCUGGAUGGAGCCGCCGGGACGCCGCCAUCUUAUUAAAGGGAAAGAGCGAGUCUCCCCAGACCACCCCGUGUGCCGCCUGCGAGAGAAGAUGCCGACCAGCUGCGCGGCGGCGGGGUGCGCCGCCGUCUACAACAAGAGCGUCAACGUCAGCUUCCACCGAUUUCCCUUGGAUCCCAAGAGAAGAAAGGAAUGGAUACGUCUUGUAAAACGCAAUAAUUUUGUGCCGGGCAAACACACUUUUCUUUGCUCAAAGCAUUUUGAAUCCUCCUGUUUUGACCUAACUGGACAAACUAGACGACUUAGAGUGGAUGCUGUUCCUACAAUUUUUGAUUUCCCUGCUCAUCUAAAACUCAGGAAACCUAUGUCAAGAAAUCUUCUGAAGAAGAAAGAUGCUUAUACCCCAGAAGGGGUAUCUAACUUCAAAACAAAUAUUAGCUGUAGACAAGUACAACUUGAACACAGUUAUGCUUUCAGAAGCCCCAUGGAAGCCAAGAAAAGGAUAAUUAAGUUAGAAAAGGAGAUAGCAAGCUUGAGAAGAAGAAUGAAGAACUGCAUUCAAAAAGAACAUAAAGCCACACAAAGAUGGAUAGAAAUGACUUGCCUCAUCAAAAACUUGGAAACAAAUAAUAUUUUGCCAGGAGUUACAUUGGACCACAUUUUACCAAAUGCCUUAAGAAACCUUCCCUUGGAAGAUUUCAAAAAUAUUUUACAGGAACAGCAAGAUCAUCUAUAACAGCUUUUCCAAUUUUAAAACUAGACUUCAAAAUUUAAAUUUAUACUGAAUAUAAUGCCAAAAAAAUGUAUCCAGCUUAUUAUGUUUUUCUAAGACAUUCUUGUGGUGGUGAGGACAACACUGGUUCUUAUAACUGCUUAAUUAAUUGCAAAUACCCAUCUAUUACUAAUGAAAACUUCACCACAAGUCUUUUAAUUGUGAUAGUAAGUUUUCAAUCAGUUAAUAAGAGUGCCUUAUGCAAGAACUAGUUCUGUGAAUUAACCAUCUUUCAUUUUUAAAUAAUUGAGGAUUGUGUUUUGGUUGAUGUUGAUUGGUUGGUCUAUUUUUGUAGAACAUCUGAGUAAUUGAAUUGGACCAAUUUUUGAUGGAACACACACUCUAUUCAGGUAUUGUCCAUCUUGGAGAUGUUUCAUACAGGUCUCUACCUUCUCCUUUUCCAGUCACUUCUACCAAAGAAGGUUUUUGUCUUCACCUCAAUUUAUUGAUGGAUUCUGGAGCAGGUUAUGUCCUAACAAAAGCAAUACUUGUUAGUCUGUUUUCCAAAAAUGUCAUGUAGACUUAUAAACCAAAUGCUUAUUUUGUAUUAGUUUUUGAACAGAGUAUCGGUUUUAUUUGAAAUCCAGCUUAUUGCAUAAUUAAUCAUUAAACACCAUGCCAUGUAACAGGUGACCUUAAAUCUUGUAUGAUCAUUUUGACUAAGUGCUUAUGUUUUUCAUAACUAUUGUGCUAGUUUCAAAUAAAAAUGUCACUUUUCAA